AUGAACACUGUGCAACAAGGAUACAACCAUCCGUCGUGCGAAAUCCUACAGUCAGUCACAGAAUUAUUUUUGCCAGUGACCAGCCUAGUCAGCUUUUCUCUUCUCGGCCUCAUCUUCCUACACCGGUAUAUCGAAUAUCGUCGUCGGAGACAAGCACACAUCCUCUUCUCUGAAUUCAAAGAACAGAACGAGCAAGACUACUGGCUCCAGUCUAUCAUCAUGGAAAAGGGAGACAUCAUCUCAUCGGACUUGCUCCCUCGAUCUGCAUGUGACAUCUUGCAACCUUUAUCGCAUACAAGCCUCCUCCCGAGCAGUGGAGCUCUCGCUGCACAAGCCAGAGAACAGCAAAGUGAGAGAUCGGCCAUGGACGUGAAUAGUCCUACAUCUUCAAAGGCUUCUUCGCCUGUUUCAGGCGAUGAGGUGCAAAAACGAAAUGAAUCGACCCAGCAAAUGCGCGAUGAUGAUGCCGAAGGAGGGCGGACUUGGAAGCGCGUUGUUGUUGAGUAUAGCUAG